AAAAAUAAAAAAAAAGCCAUUAAUAAUAUUAAGUUUCCAUUUAUAGAUUACUUGAGAGAACCCAAAAAAAAAAAACCAUAGUAUUUAUAUUUAUUUAUUAACUUCGAUUCUGCUGUCUUUCUGUUUCCAAAAUUUAAAGUAAAUUUUGGAAUUUUCCUUUGCUGAGAGAGAGAGAGACAAAGAUGGCGACGACCACAGCAGCGAUGGCGGCGGUAACGGUACCGAUGGGGAGUGUAGCUGCGGGAAGUGGUUUUAUGAAUGUGUCGCUUUACGUAGGGGAUCUAGAGCAGAACGUGGUUGAAGGGCAAUUGUAUGAUCUGUUUAGCCAAGUCGGAACGGUGGCUUCCCUUAAGGUUUGUCGUGAUCAGAAUAAGCGAUCUUCUCUUGGUUACGCUUAUGUCAAUUACAGCAAUCACCAAGAAGCUGCUCAUGCUAAGGAGAUUUUCAACUUCACCCUUAUCAAUGGGAAACCUAUCAGGAUUAUGUUUUCUCAACGCGAUCCUCGCAUUCGGAAGACUGGAUAUGCCAAUGUUUUUAUCAAGAACCUGGACCCAGCUAUUGAUAACAAGGCAUUGUUCGACACUUUUGCUGCCUUUGGGACUGUACUUUCUAGCAAGGUGGCUACUGAUAACAAUGGGCAAUCAAAAGGGUUUGGAUAUGUGCAGUUUGAAACUGAGGAAGCCGCACAGAAUGCAAUCAAAAGGUUAAAUGGUAUGCUGAUAAAUGAUAAACAAGUUUAUGUUGGACAACAUGUUCGACGCCAAGAACGUGUGCCACCCAAUGCGUCACCAAAGUUCAAUAAUGUUUAUGUUAAAAAUUUGUCUGAAACAAUAACACACGAGGACCUUAAGAAAGUUUUUGGAGCUUGUGGUACCAUUACCAGUGCAGUUGUCAUGAAGGACCAGAAUGGGAAGUCCAGAUGUUUCGGUUUUGUAAACUUUCAGAGCCCAGAUGCAGCUGCUGCCGCUGUUGAGAAGUUUAAUGGAACCAAAAAUGAUGACAAGAUGUGGUAUGUGGGAAGGGCUCAGAGGAAAGCAGAAAGGGAGGCAGAGUUGAAAGCCAGAUUUGAGCAGGAGAGAAUUAGUAGAUAUGAAAAACUACAAGCUGCAAAUUUAUAUCUGAAAAAUCUUGAUGAUAGCAUUGAUAUUGAAAAACUGAAGGAACUAUUUUCUGAGUUUGGAACUAUUACCUCAUGCAAGAUUAUGCUUAAUCCACAAGGAGUGAGCCAGGGCUCUGGAUUUGUUGCCUUUUCUACACCUGAAGAAGCUUCAAAAGCAUUGAUUGGAAUGAAUGGGAAGAUGAUCGGAAAGAAGCCUUUGUAUGUUGCUGUGGCACAACGCAAAGAAGAAAGGAAAGCUCGAUUACAGGCAUAUUUUGCUCAACUUCAUACACAUGGUGCAAUGUCGCCUUUGGGGUCAGGGAUUCCUGGAUUUCAUCCCGCUGCACAUAGGCUUGGUCCUCAGCAAUUAUAUUAUGGUCAAGGUGGUCCGGGUCUAAUACACCCCCAGUCUGCAAGAUAUGGUUUCCAACAACAGCUCUUGCCAGGAAUACGUCCUAGUGUCACCCAAAAUUAUAUUAUGCCAUACAACCUUCAAGGACAAGGACAAUCAGGUCAGAGGAUGGGUGUUCGUCGAGGUGGAAACUCUCAACAGGUGCAGCAGAAACAGAUGCUGCAACGUAAUACCAAUCAAGGAUUUAGAUACAUGGGUAAUGCAAGAGACAUUGUGGACCCAUCUACAGUUACCCAAAGCAUUGUAGGUCCUGUCAUGCAAUUGCCAUUGGAGGUUUCAAGGAUGCCCGUAAACCCUAUUGAUCUUCAACAACCUAACCCAGUGCCCAUAUCAACACUCAUAUCUGAUUUAGCUUCUGCUUCCCCAAAAAAACGUGAUGAGAUGUUGGGAGAACAACUUUAUCCCCUGGUUCAGCGUUUUGAGCCUGAACAUGCGGGCAAGGUGACUGGGAUGUUGCUGGAGAUGGACCAAACAGAGGUUCUUCAUCUGCUCGAGUCUCCAGAUGCUUUGAAGGAGAAGGUGGCUAAGGCAAUGGCUGUCCUUCAGGAUUCUGCAGCAGGAGAGUCUGGUGUCAGGAAGGAGUCGGGGGUUAUUGGAGCUGACUGAAUGAAUAUCAGUAGGGAGUUGGGGUCUUUGAACUGACUAAAUGAAGUUCACCUAUUUUUAAUUGGUAAAUAUAUUACUUUGCAGGUGCUAUUGUCAGCCGCUUUCUAGAGGGCCCAAUGAGUUUGCCUUGACUGGGUUUUCUUGGGAACUAAUUUUUUUAAGGAACUGAUUUCUUUUCUUUGGUUGGUAAACUUUCUAGGCUUUUGAGAUGUUUGAAGACUUGGAAUUUUUGCUACUCUUUAUUGUCGACCAUUAUCUUCAUUGAUUGACUGGUUCUAGUACUAUUUGAUUUGGGAGUUUUUUUUAACUUAUUGUUUUUCCUUUGAGGUGGUGGCAUAUACUUAUAUUAGGCUUUUGGUUGACUAUACUGCAGCAUUUCUCCGUACUUAUGGCAUAUGCUGUAUUGUAGGAAAGCCCAACAUCCAUCAUCCAUGGCUCUAGCAAGGGGCAGAAGCUAGAUUCUGUUUCCAUCUAAUUAAUUUACGGAUUCUUGCUAUCAGUCAUGUAGUAAUAUGUAAUAGGCUUUGUUCGAUUUAAGUUUACUGUUGUAUUUUGCUAGUUGCUUCCUGCAACCAAAU